GGGAUCCUCGGAGGAGCAAAAGAGAGAAGCAUGGAGGCAAUCCAAGAGAACGGGCGCAGGAAGAGAGGGAGAUUGGAUGCGAGGAAACGGGCAGAGGAAACAUUCGGGGUGAAACGGGGGCGAUUGCACGUGAAAAAGUAGAUGCGAGCGAGAGGGAUGGAAGAUCCGCGAAAACGAGAGCGUUGAAAGAGGGUGAGAGCCGGAGGGGGAAGAGAGAAGAGGGUGAGAGUGAUAGAGAUAGUAACCAGCACGUUGGCAGAUGGGAGCGAGAGGAUGAUUUCUGGAGAGAGCGGGAGAAAGAGAAGGAACGCAUUCGCGAUGGGGGAGGGAGAAAGAGAGACGGAGAGUAUCUGAAGAGAGAAAUCGACAGUGGAUCCGCGUUAGCUACCGAGGGAUGAAAGGCAGCAAACUCCGCGAGACUAGUGGUGCACGAGAAUACCUCGCGCUUUCGUAUCUGCCAGAGAACGUUGAUGAUAUCAACGUCGACGACGACGGCGAUAACGUGGACGAGAACGAGGAGUGAUGCUUAACAAUGAGCAACGAUCAAUGACGCGUUCGGAGUCGCGAAUUCGACCGCGUCUCGAGAAGCGGUAACGCCGGGUCCUGUGAACGCUGAUAACAGUGAACCCCCGUGAACGCUGAUAACGUCGGACCGAUAUUCGAAAAAUCGAUCCUGCGCUAGCGAUCGAUUUCGAAUUACGACGAUGGACCCAAGUGCGCGUUAGCGAUAACUCCAGUUGAUAAUAAAAACGUGAUAAUAUUUAGUGUAAUAUUCUGAUAUUUUCAUCAAAUUGACAAUGAAAUCGUCGCCCGCAUCGUGAUUUUCGUCGGAUGCAUCAGAACGACAGCGGCGGCGACGAGCCGGUUACGGGGAUGCCGAGGGGAUGCGAGGAUAUCGCGAGAUGACGUUCUCCUUCUCUCUCGUCAUUCACUGACGUAAUCUCGGUCGGAUAACGAAGACGAUUGGCAGGAUGCUGCUGCGCGGGCUGCCGUUGAUCGUCUUCCUCCUCGUACAGCUGCGUCACCGUGUCAUCUGGGCUUCCCUAGAGAGUAUCGGGAUGUCCGAUAGACUGGAGAAUGUUACGCAGACGAUUUCGAGGAUACUUGACGGCUAUGAUAUUCGAUUAAGGCCAAACUUUGGUGGUGAUCCAUUAUUAGUCGGGAUGGAUCUUACCAUUGCAAGUUUCGAUGCGAUUUCAGAAGUCAAUAUGGAUUACACGAUAACGAUGUACUUAAAUCAAUACUGGAAGGACGAGAGACUCGCUUUUUCGCAUGAGGACGAAGUCUUGACAUUAAGCGGUGAUUUCGCGGAAAAGAUUUGGGUCCCGGAUACGUUUUUCGCGAACGAUAAAAACAGCUUUCUGCAUGACGUCACCGAGCGCAACAAACUCGUCAGAUUAUCGGGUGACGGUUCGGUCACAUACGGCAUGAGAUUCACAACAACGUUAGCCUGCAUGAUGGAUUUGCAUUAUUAUCCUCUCGAUUCGCAGAAUUGCACCGUCGAAAUCGAGAGCUAUGGUUAUACAGUUCUCGACGUAGUAAUGUACUGGAAAGAAACUCCCGUUCGCGGAGUCGAGGAAGCGGAAUUGCCACAAUUUACAAUAAUCGGCUACGAGACUAACGAUCGAAAGGAAAAGUUGGCAACAGGCAUCUACCAAAGACUCUCGCUGAGUUUUAAACUACAAAGGAACAUCGGUUAUUUCGUUUUUCAGACAUACCUGCCGAGCAUACUGAUCGUGAUGCUUAGCUGGGUUAGCUUCUGGAUCAAUCAUGAAGCUACCAGCGCAAGGGUAGCUCUCGGUAUUACGACUGUAUUAACGAUGACGACUAUAUCAACGGGUGUUAGAAGCUCACUGCCACGGAUUAGUUAUGUGAAAGCCAUCGAUAUUUAUUUGGUAAUGUGCUUCGUUUUCGUAUUUGCGGCUCUGUUGGAGUACGCAGCGGUCAAUUAUACGUAUUGGGGCGCCAGAGCAAAAAAAAAGACCAAGAAGAAAGAAACCGACGAGAAGAAAGUGAUCUCUUCUAAAAUCGGAAGCAAAGCCAGUUCGCCUUUUCCUGAUUCCACGGACGCGGAUAUCAUAGAGCUUCAGGAUCUCAGAAUGUCACCUCUGCCAAGCAUUAGAAAUAGGUCAGGCCUAGUCAGCGCUUCAUCGACGCCGGGAACUGGAAGGGAUCACGACCCGGCCAAGUUUCCGCCGAGCUUUCGUAUUUCCAGGGUCGCAGCUUACAAUACGCACACUCGAAAUAGCGGUCUCAGGUACAGAGGCCCGAGACCGCACAAACCAAAGGUAUUACAUGCUCUACGUAGAGGAGCUUCCGUGUUACGCGUAUCGAUGCCAAAGAUCAAGGAUGUGAACAUAAUAGAUAAGUAUUCACGAAUCAUUUUCCCAGUCAGUUUUAUGCUGUUCAAUGCCGUAUACUGGAUCUUCUAUUUUUUCUGAGCGGCAAAUGUGUGGAUAUUAAAUCGAAUUCGACCACGUCUGUGUCAAAAAAGGACCAAUCGAUUCGGGUGGAUUCUUUCAAGUUUUCGAGCACGUCAAACGUCGAGCGAUAUGUGUAAUAUUUUUCACGGGAAUAAAAAGAACCACCGAAUACAAACAGGUGAUGAAAGUACUGAAUCGAAAGUACUGCCAUGAAACACACUUAUCGAUAGAAAUAAAACGUAUUUGCGAGAGACUCGUAUGUGUGUCAACAGCGUUUACGAGAUUUUUGUUAAUUAGAAAGCGUACAAUAUAGCGAGACGGACGAGCGACAAUAUGUUCCUAAUGAAGCGUGAUAGCUAUAUCAUGUGCACGAUACGAAAAAAAAAAAAAAUGCCAAUGAAUAAUAAUAUGGUAAUGAAUGAGAGAAGUCGCAAUGAGAUCCAAAGAUAAAAUGCGUUAGAAUAAGAUAUUUGCGCCCGUGAUGAUAAAAGUGAUCUAUAUGUUAUAUCUUUUAUUUUAAAGAUAUAUAUAUGUAGGCUUUGUUUUCUGUUUAUAUGUAUUUUUUUUAUAUAUUAAAAUUUGUUAAUUAGGAAGCGUAUACAAUAUAGCGAGAUAAGCACGAUCAGGAAUUUUAUUAUUUAAUGAUUUUAUUUUCCGCAAUGACACGCAGUGCUUUAUAAAAGUAUAUUUUGCGUAAAAUAAUAUAUAAAAUUUGUAUAUAAUUAUUUUUCUCACGUUUGUGAUUUAUUUCACAUUUGUAAUCACUGACUCACAAAAUAGUUCUUUGAUUCUCAAUUUCACAAGUAUAUUUAAAAUCAUGAUAUCGAAAGUGCGAAAUCAACAAAUCACAUUAUAAAUUUUAAUAGUGAUUGACAAAAUUGAAAAAAUAUUAUAAACAAAAAAUUUUACCAAUAUUAACUAUUGACAAAUUGGCUCUCACUAACAAAUUACAUUAUUAAAUAAUUAAAAUGGGAAAUUGUAGUGACAUAUGUAACAAAUUGGCAAUUAUACUAUUUCAUGUAACAUUUUUUUUUCGUACUUAUAAAAAUACACGUAAAAUAUAUAAACUAUGAAAAAAAUUGCAUUAUAUAAUAUUAGAU